CGGACCUGCAGGAAUAUCUCGAUGGGUCGACUGGCGAGUGCCAACGUUCAAGCCUGUUACAGUGCGACGGGUCACUAGAAGAGGGGGAACAGUUGGCAAUUGCCAAUAACCAACCACCCCCACCGACUGCCGACUCGCUCAAGAUUGCGUGCUUUUGGGCAGGCCUAAGACAGUCAAGUUCACUGUUGAACCAACCACCAUGGAAACAAUUCCCCGAUUCACCCAACCCUACUUCUCUCUAACCACCAAGCCAAAAACUCCGUCACAACUUGGGCAACAAAAUAUUGCAUGGGAAUAAAAGUGGCAACAUAAACACACCAGAAAGAACAAUGUCAGACAUCAAAAUCCUCGACGGCGGCCUCGGCACCACCCUAGAGGACCGCUUCGGCGUCGUCUUCACCCACGCCAAGCCCCUCUGGUCAUCUGACCUGCUCGUCUCGGACCAAGAGACCCUCCAGGCCUGCCAGCGCGAGUUUGCCGCCGCUGGUGCCGACGUGCUGCUGACGGCGACGUACCAGGUCUCGGUCGAGGCCUUUGCGCGGACAAAGACCCCCGAGCACCCAGACGGCAUCGCCCCGAGUUCGGCCAUGCUGCCGUACCUGCGGGGCGCCGUCGAAAUUGCCGAAAAAGCAGCAGCAGCAGCAGCAGCAGCGGCAGCAGCAGCCGCGGCAGCGCCAAGAAAUGAAACGUCUGCACCAUCACCACAACCAGCCGAGCUCGCCCUCGCCUGCGGGCCCUACGGCGCAGCCAUGACGCCCGGCCAGGAGUACACGGGCGCGUACGACGCGGCGCACUCGACCCCCGACGCCCUCUCCCGCUGGCACCUCGACCGCCUGGCGCUGUACGCCGCGGCGGGCGAGGAUGUGCCGGGCCGGUGCGCGUACGUGGCGUUCGAGACGGUGCCGAACCUGGCCGAGGUGUGGGCCGUGCGGGACGCCAUCACGCGGCUGCGGCAGGAUGCUUCUUGUUCUCGGUUCCCCUCGCGCUUCUGGAUCUGCUGCGUUUUCCCCCACGAGGACGAGAGGCUGGCGGACGGGAGCAGCGUGGAUCAGGUCGUCGAGGCGAUGCUGGCGGCCCGCGGCGGGGGCGAGAACGGCGGCGCAAAGGAGUCACUGGCCCUGCCGUGGGGCAUCGGGAUCAACUGUACCAAGAUCUACAAGCUCGAGGGUCUGAUUAAGAGUUUUGAGCGUUCCAUCUCGGGUCUCAAGGCGAAAGGAGUCAUCACCAAUGUUCCGGCGCUAGUGCUAUAUCCUGAUGGGACAAAUGGGGAGGUCUACAAUACAACCACCCAGAAGUGGGAGGCUCCUCAGGUUGUGCAAGGUGCUGGACCAAAGACUCCUUGGGACGCACAGCUCACGCAGAUCGUCAACGAUACCAAAAGCCGAGGCGUAUUCACAUCAUUCCUAGUGGGUGGUUGCUGCAAAGCAAACCCCCAGAACAUCAAAGAUUUGCGAAAUCGUCUGAAAGAAUAACAUCCAGUAGGCAAUUGUUGAAAAGGGGUAUCAAUUCUUAUCUACACUCUAUUGGGUAUCAAUAAACGACACGCAUGAACGGGCCGCUGUCUUUUUCUUGUCGUUGAGGACAAUUCGAAAAAGUCGGCAGUAUUAUUACAAAAGCUCAGACGAGCCAGUGGAUAAAGCGUCCCCAGAGGGUCGUUGGGGGCUUCGCCUUUUCCACCAUUUCCGUCUCAUGAAGACGACCCGACCACAAAUCGAUGGUGUCGGCACGGGCAAACUUGAACGCGAGGCAUACGUUAGCAGCUGACAAUAUCUCUGGGCCAAGGGAUGUUAUGUUGCUUGGGGGGAUUGGGACGGCAGCCUACCUUUGUUCUAUGGACAAGCUUCCAUAUGAUUAUGGGAAUGAUGAAUAUCGGGAUGCCAAUGUACGACGCGAUGAAAUUCGACGUGUUCCAGUUCCCAUCCAGAAAUACAUCAAAGCCGGCAACCAGGGUGAUGAUGGCGGCACCGAUGAACCCAUACCAUGCCGUAAAUGGCUGGAACGGUGACUUCCAGGGGAGCGUGUCCCUGUCUACGCCCUGGGCCUUGAGUGCAGCGUGGAAACGGAUGUAACAGAAGCAAAGACAAGACCAAGCAAUCAGGCCAGCCACGGUGCUCAGGUUAAGGAGCCACUGGAAUGCCUGAGAGGGGCCGCCACUGCCUAGCGAUAGGUACGCCAAGGGGCCAAACAGCCAGGCUGCGAUGACUGCGACGUAUGGUACACCAACCUUGUUGGUCCGGCCAAAGAUCUGCGGCAGCUGGCGGUCGGUCGUCAUGGCCACUAUCAUGCGCGAACCAACCCAACAGUAUGAGUUGCCAGCUGACCAGGCCGAAACGAGAAUGCAUGCGUUGAUGAUGGACGGGAGGAUCGAUAUGCCGGCUUGUUGAAUGGCAAUGACCCAAGGCGAGCUGUUGGCAUUGCCGGUGCCUGUAACAAGGUCGGGGUUGCGCGGGUCCACUAUCAAGCCGAUGAGAAUAGCGCCCAGGACGUAGAAGAAGCCGAUGCGGAAAGUAACGUUCUUGGCGGCCUUGGGGAUAGAGUGGUGAGGGUCCUUGGCCUCGGCCGCCGUGAUUACGACCGUCUCGACACCAAUGAACGAGAAGGAUGCGUUGACGAAUGCAGCGAGGAAACCCAAAAAGUGGCCCGUGGAGCCCCCAAUACCGUUGAAAUCGACCCAGGCGCCAGGCUCAAACCAGUAUUUAAAUCCAAUCGGCUGGUGGUUGGGGCCACCGCCCGAGGUGAUGAUGAUCGAGACAAAGAUGAGCAUGAUGAAACAAACAACUUUGACGGUUCCGCCAAAAACCUCGGCUUCUCCAAACCAUCGGACCGACAUGAGGUUGAUGGCAAGAAUCGAUAUCAAACUGACCGUGAUGACAACGGCCGGAGUUAUGUCUGUCCAGUAGCUCACAAGCACGGCCUGCAGAGAGUAAUUUGGAACUAUUCAGCACUACGUCAUCCACAAACGGGCGGACAAGUAUUUGUGCCAAGGGACAAAGACUCACAGCAGCUGAAGCCUCACUGGCUAUGGCAAUUGUGUAGCAGUAACCGUAACUGAUAGCCAGACUAAAGCCUACGGCCGGAUCGAUGAAACGAGUUGCCCAGUGGGGGAAAGAACCAGCACUCGGGAACUAGCCAUAUUGUAAGCACGGCGUUAGCGUUAUGGAUUACUUCUUCACAUGACCACUGUUGAUGCCCUCUCGACAGAUAUCACAUAUAGAAAUGCGUAUAUCUCAACAUGACACAACCAAGUUCCUGGUCUCGGGUCACCCAGGAAAAGUGCUAAGACAAUGGUCUGCAACUUACCACAGUAGCAAGCUCAGCAAUCGACUGCAUCACACACCACAACACGCUGCCGACAACGAGAUACGCGAGGAGGAGGCCGCCCGGGCCAGCCUUGGCGUAUGCCGACCCUGUGCCGAUGAAGAGUCCUGUUCCGAUGCCGCUA